AUGGCCUCUUCAGACCCGAUCUCCAAACACACAGCCAGCAGCGCCUCUCCCCUCCGGGACACAACCACAUACAUCACCGGCCACAACAGCAAAGACUACACUGCCAUCUACGCGUCCGUGAGGCCGGCUGCGUGGCAAGCGAUCAAGGACACGAACCACUUCAACGUCAGCUUCACGACGUCCGAAAUGCCUGUGCGCAUGGACGACGACGCGGACAUUGCGAAGCACGACGAGGUCAUGUCGUCCGGGUCGCUGGGCCUCGUCAGGCCGAACGGCACCGUGUGCCGCACCGUCGACUUUGCCCCCGCGGGCGAGGCGCUCAUGCACCGCACCAAGAGCCUCGACUACGGCAUCGUGGUCGAGGGCGAGAUCGAGCUGCACCUGGACUCGGGCGAGGUCAGGACCCUGAAAAGGGGCGACGUCGCCGUGCAGCGCGGGACAAUGCACGCCUGGAAGAACGCGAGUCCGACGCACUGGGCCAGGAUGAUCUUCGUCCUCCAGGACAGUGCCCCUGUCAGGGUCGGGGACAGGGUGCUCCCGGAGGAUUUGGGUCAUGCAAAGGGUGUUAUUCCCGAUAGUGGCAACCAGUGA